AUGGACGGCGGCGAGAGCUCACCGCGCGACGGCCGCAAGGCGCCGCCCCGCCGGCGCCCUCGAGCGGAGGACACGACGGCUCCGCUUCCCCCGCUGGCCCCCGUCGCGGAUCUCGAGGACCCGAGGCAUGCGGUCGGCGGAAACUCUUCACAAGUUUCUGCAGGAACAUCUACCGAGAGGGCUGCCGGUCCUUCUUAUGAUGCUGCAUCUGGCGAUGAUAUAAGGAGCCACAACUUGAUCAAGACACUGGUUUCCCAAUUCCUUGCCAUACCGUCAUGCAAAUCUGAGUCUUUCUUCAAGAUAUAUCCACCUACUGGAUUGGAUAAAGGAUUCCUGAACUACUUCGCACAAGCUCCGUUGAGUGUGAGGUUUUCAUCAGAAGAAGAGACUGGGCCUUCGAAAUUCGAGCAGUUCUCUACCUGGUUAAUGAAGAAUAUUGACCCUGAGGAUGUCUUUAUGAAGAAUUUCGUCAAAAUGGUUUUUGAGCUAAAUGGCAUAUCUAUUGAUGAGUUUACCAUUGGAACCGCAAGUGUCGGCCCUACAAUGACUUCUUGGAUCAACCCAGCCAUGAGAUCCUUUUGGAGCUCCAUUCAAGCAAUCCAAAAGCAAGUUCCGAAGCUUAAAAAAUCAGCAUCGGAGAUUGAGAUUACAUCUCCAGAGGGCGUGAAGGUACUUGGUGAGGUUCGGGACAUCAUGUCCAGGAUAGAGAAUCUAGUAAAGGAUGUGAUGAAAGGUGUAGAAAAUUCAGGAAAGCCUGGUGCCCCAAGUGUAGAGCCUGAAUCAGUUGCCCGAACUUUUGUCGAGAAUCUGAAGAAAAUUAAUGAGCAUGAUCUCAGCGUAGCGCUGCAACAAAUUGAUAAGACAUCUCAGCUUGCUAAUAUUCCGUUCGCUAUGAAGAAGAGGCUGGAUGAAAUGAAAGUUGAGAUUCGUGUACUGAAGACAUUGAUCAGUGGUAUGACAGGUGCCUGGGGUUUAAAUAAUUUGAAGCCAGACUCCCGAACAAAGGCCGAUUCUGUAACUGCAAAGCCAGAUUCUGUAACUGAAAAGCCAGAUUCUGUAACUGAAAAGCCAGAGUCUGGAACUAUAAAGCCUGCUUUUAUAGUUCCCAUUCUUCCUUUCCACAAAGUUGGGAAAGUUGCAUCCGAUAUCCUAAACAAAGAUUAUCUUGGGGACGUAUCACAUCGGGCUGAGAUGUCCUGUCAGUUUGGCACAGAGCUUAACUCUUUGAUUGCAUUCAAAAUGAGCACUGCCCCAGAUGCUUGUGCUGUGCUGAGGCAUCAACAGCUUUUGGGGGCAAGCAAGGUUAUUGGAGAUCUGAGGUUGGUACUGCCAUUCAAGAACCGGCUUGAUGAGGCUGGUGCUGUUGUCCCCGUGAAGCAGACGUGUAUGGGUAAGCUGAUGUAUUUGAACGAGCAUGCCUGUAUGAGCGCUACAGUUGGAUUGCACAAUAACCCGCUUAUCAGUUUUGGUGGGAUGGUUGGAUGUAAUGCUUCGUUUUUUGGGACAACCUCUCUCUGUGGUGGUGGAAGGCUGACUGUGAGCAGUGCUGAUGGGAGUGUAAGUAGUUUGGAAGCUGCAAUGUCAUUGUCAAACCCUGAAUGGUGGGGUACUGUUUCGGCUACAGCAAGCCUGUUGGAGCAGAAUAAAGUACUCAAAGUCUUUUACAACCAGAAGGUACUUGAAAACACUACGAUUGCUGGCCAGCUCGAGUACAACCACCAGAAUGGGCGAGUGGUGGCGUGCGGUGGAGUGGAGCACAAGCACCAUGGGGCAACCCUAAAGGCCAUGAUCAAGACGGAUGGUAUAGCUCAAGCUUUGUUGUCAAUUAAUGAAGGGAUUGCUGGUUCAAGGCUUUCUGCAUCAGUAAGGGCCAAUCUUAGGGAGCUGGAUCAGCCUCCAAAGGUUGGAUUCUGUGUCUCAGUUAACCCCACCUGGGGUUAGACGCCUCUCUGAAGAGUAAGAUGUAAUGGAGGUUGGUCUUUUUGUUAUGUUGAGAUACUUGUAGGCGGUUGGGCCUUGCUGUAGGUCUUGAGAUGAUGAGAUACCUGUAGGCUGUUCGUGCUUUUGCAUGCCCUGCUGUUCGUCGCUUGGGCGCUGUUGUCUUGUAGCAGCUAAUGUAUGUCUCGCUGCUUCAUUUUCAACAUAUUGGUCUCUCGACUAGACUGCCACACUUACCUGUGGUGAGCUGUUUUGUUGGAAUGUUUAUUGCUUUUCCUAGUUUUGCA